UCCAGCGGAUAAAAACUCACACACUGACCUACUUCGACAGCAGAGGAGGACGGCAUCUGACUCGGAGGACUUCGCCAAACUCUUUGACUUUAGGGAAUAAGGAUGUUGUCGUGUGUGUGCGUGUUGCUGCUGGCAGCCUCGGCGCUGAGCCUUCUGGAUGAAGCCGCUCUGGACGCCCAGUGGGAAGAGUGGAAGAGCACACACAGCAGAGAAUACAACGGCCUGGAUGAAGAGUGGAUCCGCAGAACCAUCUGGCAGAAGAACGCUCGCAUGAUCGAAGCCCACAACAUGGAGGCGGCGCUGGGGAUGCACUCCUACGAGCUGGCCAUGAACCACCUGGGAGACAUGACGUCGGAGGAAGUGGUGGAGAAGAUGACCGGCCUGCAGAUCCCCCUGAACUCUGUGCGCAACUUCAGCAUGACUCUGGACCACAAGGUGUCCAAGCUUCCCAAGUUCGUUGACUACCGCAAGAAGGGCAUGGUGACCCCAGUGAAGGACCAGGGAUCCUGUGGCUCCUGUUGGGCUUUCAGUUCUGCCGGCGCCCUUGAGGGCCAGCUGGCCAAGACCACAGGUCAGCUCACGGAUCUCAGUCCUCAGAACCUGGUGGACUGCGUCAAAGAGAACGACGGCUGCGGAGGCGGGUACAUGACCAACGCCUUCAAGUACGUGCAGGAGAACGGAGGCAUCGACUCCGAGGCGGCCUACCCCUACGUCGGACAGGACGAGCAGUGUCGCUACAACUCGACGGGCAUGGCAGCCCAGUGCAAAGGCUACCAGGAGGUCCCGGAAGGGGACGAGCACGCGCUGGCUGUGGCGCUCUUUAAAGUGGGUCCGGUGUCCGUGGGCAUCGACGCCACGCAGACCACCUUCCAGUUCUACCACCGAGGUGUUUACUACGACAGCAACUGUAACAAAGACGACAUCAAUCACGCCGUGCUGGCCGUGGGCUACGGAGUGAACACCAAGGGGAAGAAGUACUGGAUUGUCAAGAACAGCUGGAGCGAGAGCUGGGGCAACAAGGGCUACAUCCUAAUGGCACGUAACCGUGGCAACCUCUGCGGCAUCGCCAACCUCGCCAGCUACCCCAUCAUGUGAAGACGCGAGCGAGGAACACGAGGGAGGAUGACGGGGCUUUGCUUAGACUACUACACUCAUAACAAAUAUACUUGGGAAUGUCGGUAGAGUUCGUUUCAACAUGUCAGGAGCCACUACAACAAACAUGACUUUGUUUACACAGAUUUUUAAAACAGCAAAUAUGAGUUUUAAUCAUGAAACAACAGAAAUUAAAAUUUUGGAAUUCCAGUGAGGAAAAGGGUUAAAAAAAAAUGUCGUGGAGUCUUGGAGUCCAACGUUGAGGACGUUUGGUUAUCUUGAGCUAUAUGAAGCACUUUGAAGCCCUCAAGUCUUUUGCAGUUUAUCUCCAAAGCAGCAGACCUCCACUGAUCCACAAAUAAACGUGUCCAGUUUCAGUAGCUUCAGGGCACAGUGCUGGUGGAGUCAUCCUAACCUGCAACCUGGGUUAGUUUUACGCCAGAAGUCAAAUCUACAAACACUCUAAACAACACAUUUUGUAGUCAAUGAUAGUCUCCACCCCCUAGUUUUAAUUAUUUUUGUAUGAAAACGAACACAUAGGAAACAUUGCUGGGCAAUGGGAGCUCCUCCUUUCCUGUUGACGGAGAGUCGGUUCUUAUAAAUCUUUUUUUUUUUUCCCUUGAUCACGUGGACUGCUGUUGUUCUGUUCAGCACUUUUAAUUCAAUUGUAAACUGAUGUUUUCUAUGAAAUUGAAUAAAGGUUUCAUUUUGAAG